UUUUCUAUACCACUUUUAAUGUUUAUUACACCUAUUAGGUCGUUUCGUUACUUUAAAGUAUUUGCUCCUUUAAUCAAUAAUAGUGGAAUUUUACUGCAUACAAGAACCGCUACAAUAAUGUCUACAAUUGAAGAAUUCAAGAAAAAUUCAAUUGUUUCUGAUGUUGUUCCAACAGCACCUGAGAAAAGAAUUCGUGUGACUUACGAUAGUGGCGUUGAGGCAAAUCUUGGUAAUGUUCUUACACCAACCCAAGUUAAAAAUCCUCCGACUAUAACUUGGGAAGCGGAGGAUGGUGUUCUUUAUACUCUUGCAAUGACUGAUCCUGAUGCUCCUAGCAGAGCUGAUCCGAAAUUUCGUGAAUGGCAUCAUUGGCUUGUUGUUAAUAUUCCUGGUAAUGAUGUCUCAAAAGGAGAAGUUCUUAGCGAAUAUGAUACUGGACUUCACCGAUAUGUAUUUUUGGUUUAUAAACAAAAUGGGAAAAUACAUGACCCAGAACAUGGGCAUUUGACUAAUCGUUCAGGUGACAAUCGAGGGUGUUUCAAAAUUAAUGAUUUCGCUAAGAAACAUGGUCUUGGUAAUCCAAUUGCCGGCAACUUUUAUCAGGCAGAAUAUGACGACUAUGUUCCUAUACUUUAUAAGCAAUUGGGAGAUUGAAUGGAAAUGAGUUAAAUAAAAAAAUAAAAUUGAGUGGAUUUCCACAAAAAUAUUAUUUUGAGGUUUUCUGAUAUUUAAAAAAUAUUUAUUU